AUGCCCUCCUCCAACUGCUUGAGCCGGUCGACGAACCCGACACAAACCGGAAGCUGGCCGAGUCCUUUUGCUCGUCUUACUUGGCAGGUCCAGCAGUUGUGCGACCAGUUCAAGCCGCCCAACCCGCAUUUCCACUCACCACAGACUCCUCCACCCGCAGUCUCGCCGAUGCCGAUAGCCAAACCCCCAAAGGUGCGUUUCGGUGGCCACCAUCUGUACGAUGACGACGACGGCGACGACGAUAGCGAACCGGAUAUGACCACCAUAACAGUCACCAUAACCGUCACCCGAACGGUUACCAAGACCAUCAUUCCGACCACGACGUUCCCCACUGUUAGUCGCAAAGACCGACCAACUGUCAAGAUGGCCAAGAAGAAAAAGACCUCAGCCGAGGACAACGCCAGUGAGGUACAGUCGCCUGCUGUUCCCGCGACCCAAGAUCCCGCAAGUGGAAGUGGAAGUGGAAGUGGAAGUGGAAGCAAGAAGACGGCAAAGACGAAGGCGUCCACCCAGCCACAGCAACAACCGCCUCCGGUGCCGGCACUCAUCAUCUGUCGGAAUAAGCAUUGGCGCUAUAUCUCGUCUUUCCACGGCCCAUGGCUUCAGCUCCCUCCUGAGAUCCUCGAGACUCUGGCCAACUUGAACUACAAUACCCCACGGCCGCGGCCUAUCGAUCCCUCGGUCUUCUUUGAUCUUGUCAAGAUCCGCCGCCUCGUCGAUGAUGCUACAAAUCUGGCUGUACGUGCCGCCAGUGGUGUGGCAACAGUAUCCCAGCACAAUAUGUCCGGCGGCCCUCAUCAUGCUCUGGGACUGUUUGGACCGGGCGGGCAAACGAAGCUCAGUCGAGAAAGAAAACACCGAAUGAGGGAACAGGCGACUCAGAAGCUUUCCAAAGCAUACCAUCUAGAUGAGAUAGCGUCCAGUGUGGCUACAAUGCAAAGUGCCUCUCCCCUUGAGGAGGUGGCCUCGCUUGUACUCCAGCGCAACCCCCAGGAUGCCGACGCCAAAUACGUACACUUUUUUCACGAGAAAAUACCGAGUAGGCAGCUGGCCCAAUGCACCAACCUGGAUGCCCUGAGUGAAAUUAUAUCAGAGAAAUCUACCCAGGGAGAGCCACUAAGGACCCGCGCCACUGUGAGGAUUUUCAAGGAGGACUUUGAGGGCGCCAUUGCCGAUUUGACAGAAGCCCUCAGGAUACAUCGCUUUUACCGGCUACCACAAAAUGCUCCAAAGCACCACAAUCAUCCUCAAGCCCGAUCUGGCGGACCAAGACACGAGGACGUUGUGCUCAAGGAGGAGGAGCAGCCGAAUAGCUUGGAAAUUCAGCUAUUAUUCCAACGCGCUGGCGUCUAUCUGACCAUUGCCUGUCAGCACGUCCAAGCUGCUUUCCCAUCCAAACCCGCCGAAGCCAAGUCUGCUGCAGGAAAAGCUGCGAAUGGUGAUAUCUCUGAUGACGGCAACACACCACAGGCCAUACCCGUGUUAACGCCUGCCGAGCAAGACGCCCAGAAAAAGGUGAUGGAGGCGAGGAAGCUCGUCCGUCACAACGCCAAGCGUGCGCUGAAAGACUACAUAAACUAUCUGUCGCACUUUGAGUAUUCGCCUGAUCUACCCAUCGAGAUCGCCGAAGACUUUGCCCGGAAAGUCAACUACGCCGCCAAUGGGGUUCGCGUCCCGAGAUCGUUCUCCCAUGCUUCCCGUUCUGACUCUCCCGUGACCGGCGAACCUGGCGAGAGCCAACCUACUCACCGAAUCUUUGCUCUCUCGGACCUCUUCGCAGCGUCUCCCCCAGCUGACCUGCCUCCGUAUCCUAGUACGGAGCUUACACCCGUACGCCCACAGCAACAACAACCCACAUUCGCUGCCUUCCAGACGACAACGGAGACUCUCACCUACCAUCCUCUGAUGAAUGACGCAUUACACGCUCUUCUCCUCUGUCACUGUCUUAUCCAGACAUCAGCCAAGGAGCUACUUCGACACGCCUACAUGGUAGCACGACUGGCGCGCCUCGCCGAUGGUUAUCCCAUCUUCCAAGCUAGUCGCUCACCAGCCCGCGCCGACUGGACUGAGGUUCUCCGCGCCUCCGGGAACUUCAUCCAGCUAGCGGGGACAUGGGAAGACCUCUGCGCCCCAGCACCUCUCCCACUUUUCCAACCUUCAGCUACCGGCGGCGGAUCAGUGCCGGUAGCGUUGCCAGGCCCCAUCAGGCAAAACAAAACCCUUCCACCACCUCCAACCGGGGGUCCGGCAGAACCAGGAGCCAUCGUCCGCUCGACCUCCAGCAACGACACAAACCACGCCGCCGAUGCCGAGAAGCAGCGCAAGGAACGUAUCCAGCACCAAGCCAUCAUUGACGCCCUCGGAGACGACAGGAUCAAAGACGAAGCCUCCUUCCGUAUGGCGGUCAAGGCCCGUCAGCUGCGCGCGGAGAACGAUUACCGGCUCGACAACGCCGUGGCAGCCAUGGACGCCAAGCUCACCGGCCGUGAUUUCGAGUCUCUUGCUUUGGAGGCGCCGCCGCCAAAGGAUAACACCACCGCAACCAACGGAUCCAAACCUACCUCACAACCCACCAACGGCUCAGGCUCAACCUCAACCUCAACCGCACUUACCCGCACCACCCCAAGUACCGCCAACGGUAACAGCACGCCGACGACGACAAACACAAACGGAGUCACCAAACCACCCAACAGCACCACCACUAACGGCAGCGGAACAGCUCAAGCCCAAACCCAAACCCAACCGACACAAAACAUCCGCCGCUGGUCCGUAGACGACGGCAAGGAGUACCCCAUCUCCACGGACCGCGCCUCGGCCAUUGCGCGCUGGUUGUUGGAAGCACCGCCUAAUGCUGGACUGACCAGUGGGAGCGGGGACGGAACGGCGAGGAAAAAGAAGAAGAAAGUGGUUUCGAAGAAUAGAGCUGGAUCUGGAUCUGCUGGUGGGCUUGGUGCUGGGGCUGGGGUUGGGGCUGGAGCGAGUUGUACGGGUACGGGGGAUGUGUGA